AUGCAGUUCUUCAGUUCCAAGUCGUUAUUGUAUAUCCGAAUCAUUGCCCAUUUCGUAACAGCUUACUACUUGGUCCAGAACCCAGAGGGACUCGCAUCAGCAGGAUUUAUAAUUCUUAUGGGCCAAGCAAUGCAAGUUCCAAUCCUUCAUUUGAGUUCAAAUAGUCCAGUAUUGGGUAUGUUGGCAGUUCUCGUAUCAACCCAAGCAAUAAGUGACUUGGUUCCAUUGCUUGCAGAAAAUUGGAACCAUUUUGAAACCUUGGUGCCAGUGAGAUUGUUUUGUUACUUUUUAAUCACUGCUUAUAUAUACUUUGUACCAACAAGCAAAGUUAGCAACAGUGUAGUUGCUACAUAUUCAAUGUUUGAAGUUUGGGCAAAUUUUCUCAUUUAUAACAACUUGCGAGAUGAAAAGUACUACAGAAUGAAGAAGUUUGUAGAGGAAAAUGCCGAUGCUAUAAAAAAAGCACAGGACGAAAGGGUGAUUGUCAUCGAGGAUUAG